CCAGCCAUGGCAGUCACAGAGAUGAGGAUGUUGCGGUGGAUGUUGGGUUUGACAAGGAAGGACACAGGCGGUGAGAAAUGAAGAAGCGAGAGAAAGACUCGAGGUGGUAGAGAUCACAGAGGAGAUGAGAGGGAGAGAGAGAAAAGGCUCUGGCGUGGUUCGGUCAUGCUGAGAGACGACAUGAACAUUACGUGAGGCAGAAGAAAAGUGGAAAAAGAGAGAUCAAGAGGAAGGCAGAAGAAGAGACACAUAUUUUUUGGAGCCAAGUGCUGUUCGCGAGGAGCGCCUAUCGAGGUCUGCACGGCACACGAGAGAGGGGGGGUGGGUGGCCAGCACCACCCCGUCCGCCUUUGUCUCCCGCGUGGCGAUGUUUACACACCGCGUUAGGUUGAGUCGACCUAGGGGAGGCCCAGGACCGGUUCGAAUAAUCGUCACUGGUGUUGGUGGCCGUGAGCGGGAAUCGAACUCGGGUCGCCAGCUACAUGAGGCCCCGUCACAAAGCCUGACGGGAGGGAGACCCCGAGGUCGGGACGCUUUGCAUGGAGCCGCGGCCAUGGAGACACAUCCUCGUCUGCCACCGACUUCUCCGUCGCGACCAUCACCAGCAGCGCCUCCAUCAUCGCCAUCGUCGUCACCGUCUUCAUCAUCUUCUCCAUCAUCGUCGUCAUCAACGACAACAACAAGAACAACAACAACAACAAAAGCACCUCCAUCAUCAUCAUCAACAUCAUCAUCAACAUCAUCGUCUCCAUCAAAAUCAUCGUCUCCAUCAAAAUCAUCGUCGUCAUCAUCACCAUCGGUGCCGCCGUCGACAUCAUGGCAGUACACCUGCUCAUCGUCAACAACAACAACAACAUCGUCGUCAUCACCCUUCCCGUCCACACCACCCCCGUCGGCCCUGCUGCUGCUGCUCGCCCUACUCGCCGUGUGGGCUUUGCUGUCGUCCGCCGCCGACGAGGUCCAACCCAGGACCACCACGAGCCCCAAACGGCGGCCCCAUCACCACCCCGGCUUCGCCAACAGCCGUGGCCGUGCGCUGGCCACCACGUUUCCAUCUCCUCCUCCACCUCCUCGUCGUCACCCACCUGGACCUCCUACUCCUCCUGCUCGCAACAACAACAACAACAACCCAACCACUGGUCGACCUUCCCGCACAUCGUCCUCCAGCCAGGAGGCGAACACCUGCCGCGGUUACUACGACGCGAUGGACCAGUGGGACCCCCCAUUCAGCUGCAACAACAGCGGCAGCUACAGAUACUGCUGCGGCACGUGCAACGUGCGCUUCUGCUGCACGGAUCCACAGCAGCGGCUCCAUCAGGACGCGUGCGCCAACCACGUGACCCCCUCGCGGAGCCCCACGCCGAUAGCGGAGGAGCCCACGGAGAGCAACGUGGACGUCUCCACGGGGGUCGUCGUCCCGGCCGUGUGCGGAGUCAUCGCCGUGCUGCUGCUGAGCGGAGUGCUCGCCAAGAUGGGGCUCGACAAGGCUGCGGACGCGGCCAGGAACAUCAACUUGCCCAUGAGGACCGCUCUCGUGGCCGCGUUGCCGAGGAGGGGAGCUACCCGGGAGGAGGAAGCGGAGAGUCACUCUCUGCGUGGAAUCUCCCAGAGGGGCGGCUCGCUCCCGCGCUCCUUCAAGAACAACAUCGAGAAGCCGCGCCUGGACAACAUGCACGUGACGGCCGCCCUCAUGACGCCGCUGGCGCCCUCGCACUCGCACCCUCACCUCCUGUACCUCUCCGAAGCCUACGGCGUCGCUCCGGGCUCCAAGCCGCACGUGGCGCAGUUCAACUCGCUCAAGCGCCUCGCCGAGAAGGAGAUGAGCGACUACUACUCGCGCAAGCGGCACCUGGCCGAGCUGGCGAGCGGCACGCUGCCCCUUCAUCUCGCCCUCACUCCGCCGCUGCCCGGCUCCGCGCCCUCCUCCGGCGGCGGCGGCGGCAUCGGCGGCGUCGUCGUCGUGGGCCCCGCGGCGGGGACGGUGUCCUCGCUGUCCCACCGGCCCAGCCCCGAGCCCGGGACGCGCUCCGUGGCCGACGAGUGGGCGCGAGUCUGGAAGCGCAACGCGGCCGCGGCGGCGGCGGCGUCUUCGGCGGCGGCGCUGGCGGAGCGCGACGCGAGGGGCGAGCGCCACCGCUGCUUCCGCGCCUACGGAUCGACGCCGGUGCUCGACGAGUCGGCGUACGGCGGCGGCGGCGGCGAGGUGACGCUCUCCGUGUCGGCGGCCCUCGUUGACUCCGACGAGGGCGAGCGCGGCGUGGUGAUGGUGGUGGGCGGCGGCGGCGGUGGGAUGGGGGGAGCGUUGCAGGCACCGUCCGUCGCAUCGAGCGUCUCGACGGGCGCGACGCCGCAGUCGUUCCGGCACCGGCACCACCAGCAGCAUACGUGGAGGAGCGGCUCCGAGAAGGACCGCUCGGGGGUGUUCGGCUCCACUCCGUCGCUGACCCGCGAGUCGCGCACCCUCUCGCAGCGGCUGCCCAACUUCCCGAGCGACGAGGCGCCGAGCCGCUACCACUCGGCGCGCCGCCUGCACCACGUCUCCGCGCGGCACGCGCCGCACGAGCGCCCCACCGCCGCCGCGCACUACGCCGGCGGCUCCCUGCUGGGGGCGCCGGGCUGCGGCGGGGGCGGCAGCGACCGCGAGCGUCGCGCCGGCCGCAUGUCCCUCCGCUACCCUGGCGAGACCUACGGCUCCACGCCGGCGCUCGACCGCGGGCGGUUUCCCCCGCGGUCGGCCAGCGGCGGCGGCGGCAGCAACGGCGGCGGAUUCUCAUUCGGGACGCUCGGCCGGUCUGCGUCGUCGGCCCUGCACCAUCAGCAGAUGGCUGACGACGACCCGAUGGCCCCGGCGUCUUCGUCGCACCACAGCGACCAGCCGACGGGCGACUCGUCGGACGACCACGACGGCCCCGUGGCGCAGCACGGGAAACACCGGGCCCAGCCGCCCCCGCCGCCGCCGCACCACCAUCACCAGCAGCAGCAACAGCAGCAGCAGCAGCAGCAGUCGACAUCGGCGGCGUCGUCGUCGCAAUCCAAGUCGGGCAAACAGCGGCGCGGUUUCCUGGCGCGGCUCUCGUUGGACGAGGAGGCAGAGUCCGAGCCGGGCUCGUCGGGGGCCGGGCCGCCGCCACCGCCGCUCCCGCCGCGUUUGCCGGCGCGCUCCGGUUCAGGCUCGGGCCGGCCGGGCGGCACCAUGACGCCGGACCGCGUGAUGGCGCGGGCGCGCAGGGCCGAGGCUCACCUGGGGUCCACGCCGUCGCUGCACAAGGGCUGGGCCGAGCGAGGCGGCGGUGGCGGCGAACGAGGCGAACGCGGCGGCGGCGGGUUCGAGCGAGCGGGCGGCGCCGGUGGGGGUGCCAGCACCACGGGGCGCGUGAUGAGGAUGCAGAGCGUGCGGGAGGUCGCGCGCGGUGACAACUACCGCACGUGGAGCCUCUCGAACACGGCGGCCAAGCGGCAGGCGUUUGCCGGUCGCCGGCACAUGACGCUGGAACACCUCAACUACGUCGGCCCGCACGCCGCCGUGACACCCUCCUCGUCACAGCUGCAGCAGCUGCAGCAGCAGCAGCAGCAGCAUCAUCAUCAGCACCAGCAGCAACAGCAAGCAGCCGCAGCAGCAUCAGACGAUGUAUGGGUUGAGCAAUGAGGUUACAGUGUGACAAUGACGAUGGUUGUUGUGGUGGUUGUGUUGACGGAGUACGAUUGCAGGGUGGGGGUUGGGGGUGGGGAAUUUUUGAACACGCAAUUUUACACUCCACAGGCAUGGAAAUGUCAAGUGGAGAAAAUGAAACGAGAGAGAGAGUGAAAGAGCCAUGCGGAAAUCAACAACAACAACAACUUGGAGCAUGAACUAUGCCAAUUUGGGUAACUGUGUCAGGCUUUUCGAUGUUUACCUGUGACGUGUGCGCGUCCGCGCGUGUGGUUUUAGGGUGCGCGACAAGGAUUGAUCACGUGGUGCGAGAAAGCCCCCCUCUCUGUACCAACGAGGAGCCCUAGUCCCCGCACAGGCCAUCAUCAAUGUUGAUGCCCCCGAGUAGAGCCCGAGUCAAGGUUCCCCGGCCGGCGAUCUGACCGCUAAACCCAAUUCUAAGGUGACCUUGGGGGACGAUACUCAUGAACGUCGAGCUGGCCACACAGAAGCAGUAUCUUACUGUCACCCCCCCCCCUCUCCCACUACAAGAGAGAAAAUACCUGCCUGGGCAAUUUGGAUUA